AUGUCUGUAAUUACAUGGGACCACGUUGACAAUCAGCAAACGUUACUAACAGAAAAACAACUAGAGUCAGUAUUUCUGCUGAAUUCACUGAAUUCAAUACACGGAGAAACUACAGUAAGCAGUACUACUAGUCAUACCACCUUCAAUGCUAAUCAGACUGACAAAUACGAGUAUCAAACUACCCAACAUGAUGUGUCUAUACAAUCAGCCUCACAUUUCUAUUCAUGGCUGUGGUCUGUUGAACAAAAACUUAGUGCUGAAAUACCUGAAGUACCAAGCGAAUUUUUGACUUUUUUAUCUCGUAAAAAAUUGGAAUGUUCAAAAGUUUUAAGCAUCGUUGAAGAAAUUUUGUCUAAAUUAUCGAUUUUGGAAAAUAAUUACUUAAGCAUAUCGCAGAGCACAAAUGAAUUACAUGAGUUGUGCGAACAUCUAUUAAGGCAACAAAAUGAAAUGAUUGAAUAUGCUAGUUCAAUUGAAGAAUGUCUAGCCAAUUUUGUUCAAGUGGAUAUGUUACAAGCUGAACUUGGAGUUUCCAAUUUCGUCGUAUCUCGUGAGAAGUUGCUGCCAAUUCUAAAUAAACUUGAUUCAAGUUUACUUUAUUUCCUAGAACAUCCAAAUUUCAAAGAAUCUCCAAACUAUUUAAUCAAGGUGAAAUCCUCGCUUAAAAUAGCUCUUGAAUACAUUAAAAGUAAUGUAACUAAUGUCAUAGAAAGAACCAUAAAUGAGCUUCUGGAAUUGCAUGAUGUUAUCAGCCCUGAUAACUCAUUUAUUUUACUUUACGGACGAUUUCGUUCACAAGGACCGAAAAUACGCUCGUUGAUGACACUUUUAGAAGAAAGAAUACACGUUACUGAUGAGUAUGCUCAGGUAAUUCAAGAGUGUCAUAAAUUUUACUUACAUCAUCGAGAAGAGUUAUUGACACCUGUUGCACAAAAUGGAGUUUCAGAUCUACUUCAAAAAUAUACUGGUGAUCAUUGUACACUACUUCGCACUGCUGGAACAUUCAUAUUACAUAUGUGUGAAGAUGAAAUGCGUUUGUUUAAUCAAUUCUUUUCAUCAAACUUUUCACAAUCAAUUAAUCAAAUGUUGUCUAAAUUAUGUCGAUGUUUGUAUGAUGCUGUUAGACCUUUAAUAAUUCAUAUCAAUCACGUUGAAAUAUUAUCUGAACUUUGUGAUAUAUUGAAAGAUGAAUUACUUCAACAAGAUGAUCCUAAAAAGACAACUAAUUCACCAGAUAUGAUGGCAUUUACUGACCUCUGUGGAAUGUUGUUGGCUGAUAUUCAAGAAAGAUUAAUAUUUCGUGCAUAUAUAUAUAUUAAAUCACAAAUUUUUGGUUUUGUUCCAAGUCCUGGAGAUCUUUCUUACCCUGAAAAAUUGGAAAUGAUGAACGACAUAGCAAAAAGUAUCUCGAUGCCUAUUGAUUCAAACAAUUCACCGGAUAAAGAAAAGGAGCAUGAAAACUCUGAGGAAAUUGUCGCAGAAAGUGAUUCUUCCGAGUCCAAUUUACAGAAUAAAUCUACUACUUCUGAUUUGGCAAUUCAACCUGGACCUAAUAUGUCUUUAGCUCCAGCAGAUUUACAUGGUAUGUGGUAUCCAACAGUACGUCGUACUUUGGUAUGUCUCUCAAAACUCAAUCGUUGCCUAGAUGCUGAUUCGUUUCGUGGUUUAGCCCAAGAAUGUGUAUCCAUGUGCGUUCAGUCAUUAGUUAAAGCAAGUGAUUCAAUUAGUCUCCGUCGGACAACCAUUGAUGGUCAAUUAUUUCUUAUCAAACAUUUGUUAAUACUUCGUGAACAAAUGUUACCAUUUGGCAUUGAAUUUUUAGUUAAAGAAACUAGCCUAGAUUUUUCUCCAUAUAAAAAUGUAGCACGUAGUAUUUGGGAGCAAAAAGGAACUGGGUUAUUCUCAUUAAAUAAAGAAAAUGCAUUAUUACGAUUUCUAUUAGAAACUCCAAACGCUAUUGAUAUUGAAUUGGAUUCUAGACGUCAGUUAGAUAGUCAAUUAAAAUAUACUUGUGAACUACUUAUUGAACAACAAGUUUUACAAUUAACCGGCGAAAUGUCAAAUUUUCUUAAGCGGGCUCAUUCAAUUCUAGCCGCUCCAGGUGCACGUCUUGCUGACCAACCGUUCGCAAAUCCAUCAUACAUAAAGGAAAUAGUUUCGAAUGCGCACCGAUCACUCUGUAUAGCACUUGGUCGUAGUUCUAGUUCAAAUCGUCCUGAUACAGUAAAACACCAUACUGUGCCAAAUUUACGAAACUGUCUACAUAUUUAUCUAGCUAAUCCAGAUACAGAAAAUAUCUUAUUACGUCGUAUUCAGUCAGGUAUUAUAUCACAAUGGAGAUCUAUGUAUCAAUUGGUAACUGAUCAUUAUAAUGAUGAAGAUCGUAUAAUAAUCGGUUGUCCAACAGAAAGUCAAAUUCGACUUAUAUUUCAAGAUAUUUGGAAUCGUCCAGUUCUUUCAUCAUAA